AUGAUGGACAUUGAGUUCUAAACUAAAGUUGAAAGAUUGGAAGAUAAAUUCUAAAAGAUAAAAAUGUUAGGAGAAGGCACUUAUGGACACGUGACUAAAUGCUAAGAUAAAUAAACAAAAGAAGUUGUAGCUGUAAAGAAGAUUAAGUUAGAGAUUUUUUAAGGUGAUGGUUUUCCUUCCAGCUCAAUGCGUGAGAUUUCUACUCUUAAAAAAAUGAAGCAUGAAAAUAUUGUCAUUUUGAAAGAUGUCCAAUUUUAAUUUGAUGAAAACAGUCUCUUGAUGGUGUUUGAGUGUCUAGAGUGUGAUUUAAAACAAUAUCUUGAGAAUGAAUUUCCUAUUUAACCUAUAAAGAUUAAAUAAAUCAUGAAAUAAAUUUUAUAAGGAGUUGACUAUUGCCAUUAAAUGCAGAUCAUGCAUCGUGAUUUAAAACCUUAGAAUAUUUUAGUUUCUACAAAAGCAAACAAUACUAUGUCAGUUAAAAUUUCUGACUUUGGACUUGCUAAGACGUUUACUACUCCCCUAGACAAAUACACAAAGGAAAUAGCAACACUCUGGUACAGAGCUCCAGAAGUGAUGCUUGGAGAUGAGCACUAUUCAAUUACAAUUGAUAUUUGGGCAGUUGGAUGCAUUUUUAUUGAGCUCAUUACCAAAAGGCCACCAUUUCAUGCCUAAAGUUAAAUAGACUAGCUCUUUUAGAUAUUCUAAAUAUUUGGCACACCUAACGAAUAGACCUAUCCUGGAAUUUCAAAACUACCUGACUAUAAUGAAAAGUUCCCAAAAUUCCAAGCACAAGGAAUUUAAAAACUUCUACCUUCUAAUUUUAAUGAUCCUGAAGCUUUAGACCUCCUUUCCAAUCUUUUAGUACUUGAUCCUAGCAGAAGAAUUUUUUCUAAGGAAGCACUAAAGCACCCUUACUUUAAUGGUGUUUGA